CCUCGGGGCUGCCCAUGGGGCGCGGGGGACCAAGCCGGUGAUUCCGAUCGCCCAUGGCCGCCCCUGAGGAGCCGCUGCCGCCGGUGAUCUACACCAUGGAGAACAAGCCCAUCGUCACCUGUGCUGGAGAUCAGAAUUUAUUUACUUCUAUUUAUCCGACGCUUUCCCAGCAGCUUCCCCGAGAACCGAUGGAGUGGAGAAGGUCCUACGGCCGGGCUCCAAAGAUGAUUCACCUGGAAUCUAACUUUGUUCAGUUCAAAGAGGAGCUGCUGCCCAAAGAAGGAAACAAGGCUCUGCUCACCUUCCCUUUUCUUCAUAUUUAUUGGACAGAAUGCUGUGAUACUGAAGUAUAUAAAGCUACAGUAAAAGACGACCUCACCAAGUGGCAGAAUGUUCUGAAAGCUCAUAGCUCUGUGGACUGGUUAAUAGUGGUAGUUGAAAAUGAUGCCAAGAAAAAAAACAAAACCAACAUCCUUCCCCGAACUUCUAUUGUGGACAAAAUAAGAAAUGAUUUUUGUAAUAAACAGAGUGACAGGUGUGUGGUGCUGUCCGACCCCCUGAAGGACUCUUCUCGAACUCAGGAAUCCUGGAAUGCCUUCCUGACCAAACUCAGGACAUUGCUUCUUAUGUCUUUUACCAAAAACCUAGGCAAGUUUGAGGAUGACAUGAGAACCUUGAGGGAGAAGAGGACUGAGCCAGGCUGGAGCUUUUGUGAAUAUUUCAUGGUUCAGGAGGAACUUGCCUUUGUGUUUGAGAUGCUACAGCAGUUCGAAGACGCGCUUGUGCAGUACGAUGAGCUGGACGCCCUGUUUUCUCAGUAUGUUGUCAACUUUGGUGCUGGGGAUGGUGCCAACUGGCUGACUUUUUUCUGCCAGCCGGUGAAGAGCUGGAGCGGAUUGAUCCUUCGAAAGCCCAUAGAUAUGGAGAAGCGGGAAUUGAUACAGAGGCAAGAAGCCACCCUUUUAGAUCUGCGCAGUUACCUGUUCUCUCGCCAGUGCACCUUGCUACUCUUCCUGCAGAGGCCGUGGGAAGUGGCCCAGCGCGCCCUAGAGCUGCUUCACAGCUGUGUGCAGGAACUGAAGCUGUUAGAAGUCUCCGUCCCACCCGGCGCUCUGGACUGCUGGGUGUUUCUGAGCUGUUUGGAAGUGCUGCAGAGGAUAGAAGGUUGCUGUGACCGGGCGCAGAUAGACUCAAACAUUGCCCACACUGUGGGAUUAUGGAGCUAUGCCACAGAAAAGCUAAAGUCCUUGGGCUAUCUGUGUGGACUUGUGUCAGAAAAAGGACCUAACUCAGAAGAUCUCAAUAGGACAGUUGAUCUUUUGGCAGGUUUGGGAGCUGAGCGACCUGAAACAGCCAACACAGCUCAGAGUCCUUACAAGAAACUCAAAGAAGCUUUAUCAUCAGUGGAAGCUUUUGAAAAGCACUACUUAGAUUUGUCCCAUGCUACCAUUGAAAUGUACACAAGUAUUGGGAGGAUUCGAUCUGCUAAGUUUGUUGGAAAAGAUCUGGCAGAGUUUUACAUGAGGAAAAAGUCUCCACAAAAGGCAGAAAUCUAUCUUCAAGGAGCACUGAAAACCUACCUGGCUGAGGGCUGGGCACUGCCCAUCACACACACAAGGAAGCAGUUAGCGGAAUGUCAAAAACACCUCGGACAAACCGAGAACUACCUUCAGACCAGUAGCCUUUUAGCCAGCGACUAUCACUUAACUGAAGAGCAGCGGAAGUACUUCUGCCAGGAGGUCCUCAGCUUUGCCCACCAACAGUCAGACAGCCCAGGUCACAGAGUAGUGCUACCUAUGCAUUCCUUUGCACAACUGAGAGAUCUCCAUUUUGACCCUUCUAAUGCCGUGGUCCAUGUGGGUGGUAUUUUGUCUGUUGAGAUAACCUUGUGCAGUCAGAUGCCUGUCCCUGUGCACGUGGAGCAGAUUGCUAUCAAUGUCCACUUCAGCAUCGAGAAAAAUACCUACCGGAAGACUGCCGAGUGGCUUACCAAGCACAAGACGUCCAAUGGGAUUAUUAAGUUUCCAGUGGAGACCUCACCUUUCCCUGCAUCCCAAAACAUCUUGCCUGCACUGGAGUUGUAUGAGAUGUUUGAGAGAAGUCCUUCUGAUAAUUCCUUGAACACCACAGGGAUUAUUUGCAGAAAUGUUCACAUGCUUCUGAGAAGGCAAGAAAGCAGCUCUUCUCUAGAGGCGCCCUCAGGGGUGGCCCUGGAGGACGGGGCCCACAUGCUCAGGUGUAGCAACGUGACUCUGGAACCAGGGGCCAACAAGAUAACAUUCAGGACUCAGGCCAAGGAGCCUGGAACGUACACACUCAGGCAGCUAUGCGCCUCGGUGGGCCCCGUGCGGUUUGUCCUUCCUCACAUCUACCCCCUCGUGCAGUACGACGUGUAUUCCCAGGAGCCCCAGCUGCAUGUGGAGCCGCUGGCCGACAGCCUUUUGGCUGGUAUUCCUCAGAAGGUCAAGUUCACUGUUACCACUGGCCAUUAUACAGUAAGAAAUGGGGACAGCCUCCAGCUCAGCAAUGCGGAAGCCAUGCUCAUCCUGUGUCAGGCAGAGAACAGAGCCGUGAUCUAUUCUAACACGAGAGAAAAGUCUUCUGACGCGGCACUGCGGGUUCAGUCCUCCGACAAGGUUACGAGCAUCAGUCUGCCUCCUGCACCUGCGUACCACGUGAUUGAAUUUGAGCUGGACGUUCUCUCUUUACCUUCAGUCCCCGCAGCUGGAGGGGAGAGUGACUUGCGGGGGACACCAGAGCCUCAGAGGAAGCAUAAAGACAGACAGACAGCUGGCCACUGCAUGGUCACCACAGACCACAAAGUGUCCAUUGACUGCCCGUGGUCAAUCUACUCCACGGUCAUUGCCCUGACAUUCAGUGUGCCCUUCAGGACUACACACUCCCUGCUGUCCACCGGAACACGGAAAUAUGUUCAACUCUGUGUCCAGAAUCUGUCAGAACUUGACUUUCAGCUGUCAGACAGUAAUCUCGUAGCUACUGGGGACAGUACCGACCUACAACUGAUACCUUUGAACACGGAGUCCCAGCAGUGCAUCUGCAGCAAGCAGCCUGUGUUCUUCGUCUGGGAGCUGAGGUGGACGCAGGAGCCGCCCCCUGCUCUGCACGGCCAGUUCUCCAUUGGAUUCUCCCCGGCCUCUGAGGAGCGGCUGUCUGUCUCCUUAAAGCCAUAUACUUACGAAUUUCAAGUGGAAAAUUAUUUUACAUUGUACAACGUGAAAGCUGAGAUAUUUCCCCCCUCGGGAAUGCAGCACUGUAGGACAGGCUUGCUGUGCUCCUUGGAGGUGUCAAUCACACGGCUCUCGGACCUCUUGGAAGUGGAUAAAGAUGAGGCACUGAUGGAAUCUGACCAGUGUUUUCUGACGAAGCUUAUGUAUGAAGUUGUUGACAACAGCAGCAACUGGGCAGUGUGUGGAAAGAGCUGUGGUGCCAUCUCCAUGCCGGUGGCCGCACGGGCCACUCACAGAGUCCGCAUGGAUGUGAUGCCUCUCUUUGCGGGUCACCUCCCCCUGCCUGAUGUCAGGCUGUUCAAAUACCUCCCUCAUCAUUCUGCACACUCUUCACAACUGGAUGCUGACAGCUGGAUAGAAAACGACAGCCUGUCAGUGGACAGGCAUGGGGAUGAGCAGUCAGAUGGCGGCAGCGGCAGGAGCAGAGGCAGUGUGCACUCGGCCAGCAGCGCCGAGCACAAAGGUUUGCCUAUGCCCCGGCUCCAGGCGCUUCCCACUGGCCAGGUCUUCAACUCCAGUGCUGGCAUGCAGGUCCUGGUCCUCCCUAGCCAGGACAACCAUGUCCUGGAAGUCAGCGUCACAUGACAUCGCCUGGGGAUGACGGAUGCCACACACAGCCUGGAUUUGAGUGCACUUUAAGGGACUGUGACUGAGUUGUUCUCCAUUCUGGCGGCAGCCAGACUCUCGGUGAUCCCGCAUGGCCGUGGAGGCAUCAGAGAUGUCAUUGUACAGCAGCUGAGUUAACUCGUUAUUUUCAUGUUGUCUGUGAUAAAAGAUUACUUAUUCCCCGUCCCCGUGCUGACAUCCUGCAGGGUUUCCUCGGAGCCGCAGCUUCCCUUGCUUCCUCGCGCACUGCUCGUGAAAGACUUAUCUGUGGGCUCCACUGAGCAGCUGCUGUCUGCCGGCUCUGUGUGGAAGCCCACCAUCUUUCAGGGAGCCACUCAGUAGGCCUUGCCGUUGUUGUGACACGUGUGUGCCCUUCUGGUCACACAACUGCUCAGUUUCUGGACCAGGGUGGAUUUGUGAGUCUACUGAGGAGUAAAACACAAUCCUUUAGCCCACAUCAUCUAGUCGAGCUUUUCUAGAAUAACACCUUUUAGGGCAGGUGGGUGGGGUGAGAAGUGGGGAGGGGAGGGAACAUAAACCCUUCUGUGCCCUGGGACACCAGAGCUGGGCAGUCCUGGAGGGCCAUCAGCUGGGCCAUGCUAAAGGUACGUGAGAAAGACUAGCCCAGGGCAUGAGGGGCAACUUGGCAUUGAGGCAGUUUAGGAGUAAUGGUUUCUGAAACCCUGUUUUCACCCAUGAUGUUGAUUGAAUAUCAUAUGCACUUGGAAUUAUAUUUAAUUUAAUUAUCAUUAUAUAUGUGGGGGUUAAAUGUUAUUGGUUUUCUCACCUUUAAACUUAGUCUUUACAUGUAAUUGUAGCUGUAUAAUCUUUUUUUUUUUUUUUUUUUUGCACUUUAAGUCUUAGCAAUUAAGAUGUUCCAUUUAAAAUGAUGACAAGAGGGUCCUCGCUGUGUAUUUCUAGUCUGGUUGUGGGGAAGGACUCAAGUCCUGGAGUAACCUCUGCUGGUCCACUCAAGUGUAGUCAUAUCAUACUGAUGGAUUAAUUUGCUUUCAGUUGUAAAUUUAAUUGUACAUAUGUGGUUGAUUUAUUAUUUUUAAAAGUACAGACUAACUGAUGAAAUGUUUAAGUUGCACCAAAAAUCAAGGACAAAAUAAAUGUAUGUUUGUUUUUACUGGUGUGAAAGUCACAGCUUGUAAAUAAGUGUUGUAUUAAACCUUUUCCAGCUCUACAAAGCGAUGUAUUUUUGUAUAUAUGGAAUAGAGUACUCUUAAUUCACUGGGAAAGUGUGCUUGGGCUGGAACUUUACAAGAUUAAUGUAAGCGGCUGAAGUUGUUUCCUACAGAGGGUGCAGUCUCACAUGAAUAACUCGGAUGUGUGCUGCAAAAAGAAGGUGUGCUAACGCAGCUGCAGCCGGUCCCUGCUGGCACUGUGCUCAGGAGAGGCGGGUGUGGUGUGGGGGAUCAGGAGAUCAAAUAAUACAACAGAGCAGUCAUUUUCAGUAUUGUACAUGGUGUCUUUAACUCAUCCAGUAAAUAAAGGUGGUGUGAUACCCCCAUGUCUUUUUCACUUGUAGAAAUUGGAGAAAUGUGUAAAUCAGAUAGUAUAUAUUUGUGUUUAAUUAAACUUUUCAGAAAUUAA